AUGAAGGUGUUGGUGUUAUUUUGUAUGUUAUUAAGCUCAAGUGUAGCUAGCCAUCUUAUUACAUUCAAUGAUGCUGAAACUCUGUUAACCAAAUUUGCAUUGGGAGAAUUAUCAGAAAAAGAUAAAACAAUUUUAACCAAUGUGUUGGAGAUUCUAUAUAGACCUGAACCUGUCACCGAAAAAUGGAUUGAAAACACGAGUGAAAUAAGAUUGGCUCUUGAUUGCCUUGUCUGUCGCAGCGCAUUCAGAACACUAUUUACAGGAGUUCUAAAUGGCCAGACAAACGAACAGCUAACCCACAUAAUUACUACUCUAUGCGUUAACUUAGGCAUCGAAAAUCACAACGUAUGCAGAGGUGCUGUUGCACUCAACAUGCCAAUUUUAACUUACAUCAUAAGAACCACGCCUGAAGCCUCACCUCAAACAUUUUGUAGCAUUGUACUGCAAUCUGCGCAAGAUCCUAACGUUUGCCCACACCAAGACUCGAGGUUUGAAUGGCAAGUGGAAUUGCCAGAGAAGAGAGAGCCCAUUCCGGCAAAAGUUUAUGAUGGAAAACCUUUCAAAAUAGCAGUUAUAACAGACGCUCACAUUGACCCACUAUACGAACCGUUCGGCGUGGCAGAUUGUGGCGAACCUACGUGUUGUAGAAUAGGUCAGACGCAAGGAAGGGCCUUCUCUUACCAAUCAAAUGUGGAUGAAUCAUUAUUCGAAGAAAGUGUAAUAACUAACAACGGAGAAAAAAUGUUAGAUCUUAGUGUUGCAACGAAGGUUCGAGAACAUAAGAAAUCGUCCCGCACGAGAUAUCAAAAACCCCGUAACUCGGACCCGGCUGGAUAUUGGGGUGAUUAUAGAAAUUGCGAUACUCCUAUUUGGGCUUAUGAUGACGCGAUUGACACUAUCAAGGAGAACCACAAUGAUAUAGAUAUGGUGUAUUAUAUAGGAGAUACAAUAGACCAUGGUGUUUGGGAGACCUCUUAUGAACUGAUCAACAACAUGAACCGUCAUUUGAUUGAGAAGAUCCAAAACACUUUCGGAGAUGAUGUAAUGGUUGUUCCUACUAUUGGUAAUCAUGAAGCUCAACCAACAAAUCAAUUCGCCCCAUCAUCAGUAACUGCACCUGAAUUAAAUACGACAUGGCUCUACAAGGCCCUUUCAGAGAAAUGGGGUCAUUACUUGACAGAUGACGCGAAGGCAACUUUACUGGAACGUGGGGAAUUCUCUGUAGUAGUAAGACCUGGACUAAGAGUCAUAUCACUCAAUAACAAUGUCGCUUAUCGACACAACUGGUGGUUAGUCUACGAUCCUCUCGAUGCUAAACGUCACUUGGAUUGGUUAGUUGAAGAGUUGUAUAAGGCAGAAUCGCAAGGAGAAAAAGUUCACAUUAUAGCGCAUAUCCCGCCUGGCGUCCAUGACUUAACUUAUACUUGGACGAGAGAAUAUAAUAAAAUUGUUAAUAGAUUCUCUGCAACAAUAGCAGCCGAAUUCAAUGGUCACACGCAUUCAGACGAGUUUAAAAUUUUCUACAGUCCAAAUAACACUCCCAUCAACAUGGCUUGGGGAGGUGGCAGUGUAACAUCCUACACUUUUUAUAAUCUCAACUACAAAAUUGUAAUAUUAGACACCGAAACAUUGAUGCCUGACAACAUUGUAAAUUACGUUUAUAAUCUUACUGAAGCAAACCUAACCCCGGAUAAGAGACCAAAAUGGUUCCUGCUAUAUGAUAUGAAGAACAGUUUUACUCUUAACGAUCUAUCUGCCAAGUCAAUGAAUGAUUUAGUUUACUCCAUGGUUACAGAUCAACCUAAGAUGCUAGAUUUAUAUUCAGCCUUUUAUUCAAAGAUAAGCGAUUAUCGGCAGGCUCGGUGCGAUGAUAAUUGCAAAAUUAACAAUCUAUGCAAAACUGUUGUAACUGUUCUUGGUGAAAGACAAAGAUGUGAAGAACUAAGGGAACUAUUUUUUUCCACUAAAUAA